CUCUAACGCCUAUAAGAAACAGGACAUUUACAGGAGCAAAAUGAAAUGCGUUAAAACGCGGGCAGCAGAUGGAGCCAACACCACACAGAAUCGGUAGAUUACUCUGCAGAGGAACACUUGCAGCAGACACUUACUGUCACUGUCCUGCUUUCCAAAAUAACAUAUAUGUUCAGCAUCUUUUAGAAUCUGAAAAUUGCUCUGAUCAUGUCCAACCACAGCCAUUGACUGGCGUUAUCAAAGUUCAAAAGAUGUAAACCUGACACUCACGCUGCCCCUGUAGGAUUAGGGGAAGGGUGAGGAGGAGGACGAUGUGCGGGGACAUGUUGUGCAAGGGCAGGGGGAAGACAACGUGGAAGAGUGGGAAACGCACUCGGUGUGCUCCGGAUGAGAGUGUCACCGACAGCUGUUCUGGACUGCACGACGAAUACAUCACCCUUUAAAAAAUUCCCCCCGAUAUUAGCCUACUCCCGAACAUACUGCAGCUACUAAUGUCAGCUCCUUGAGAGAUGUCUUACGCAAGCAUGGCUGAAACUCAGCGAAAUCCACGCUUUCAGCGUCCACAUGCCUCUGUACCACAGUUCACCAACUCACCAACUCUUAUUGUGAUGGUGGGGCUGCCCGCCCGGGGGAAGACCUACAUCUCCAAGAAGCUCACACGCUACCUCAACUGGAUUGGCGUACCCACUAAAGUGUUCAAUCUAGGUCAGUACCGCAGGGAAGCAGUCCAGACCUACAAGACCUUUGAGUUCUUCCGUCCUGAUAAUGAGGAAGCCAUGAAGAUCCGCAAUGCCUGUGCUUUGACUGCUCUGAAGGACAUCUGUGCCUAUUUCACUCAGGAGCAGGGACAAGUAGCAGUCUUUGACGCCACUAACACCACACGAGAGCGCAGGGAGGUCAUCCUUAACUUUGCCAAGGGGAAUGGUUAUAAGGUCUUUUUUGUGGAGUCGGUUUGUGAUGAUCCAGACAUCAUUGAAGCAAACAUUAUGCAAGUGAAGCUGAGCAGCCCUGACUAUAAGGACUGUGACAAAGAGGAGGCUCUUGUGGACUUCCUGAAGCGCAUUGAGUGCUACAAGAUGACCUACGUGCCCUUGGAUGAUGAGACAGACAGGCACCUAUCCUACAUAAAGAUUUUUAACGUAGGCUCCCGGUACCUGGUGAACCGGGUCCUGGAUCACAUCCAGAGCCGCAUCGUUUACUACCUGAUGAACAUCCACGUCACACCACGUUCCAUCUACCUGUGUCGCCACGGCGAGAGUGAACUAAACCUGCUCGGCCGCAUCGGGGGUGACUCAGGUCUCUCUGCUCGGGGGAACAAGUUUGCCUGUGCCUUGGCAGGCUUCAUUCAGAGCCAGUCCAUCCGGGACCUGAAGGUUUGGACCAGCCACAUGAAACGGACCAUUCAGACGGCUGAGGCACUGGCUGUACCCUAUGAGCAGUGGAAAGCACUUAAUGAGAUAGAUGCUGGCGUGUGUGAGGAGAUGACCUAUGAGGAGAUACAGGAGCAUUACCCAGAGGAGUUUGCACUUAGAGAUCAAGACAAGUACCGCUAUCGGUACCCCAAAGGCGAGUCCUAUGAAGACCUCGUCCAGCGUUUGGAACCAGUGAUCAUGGAGUUGGAGAGACAAGAGAACGUCCUGGUGGUCUGUCACCAAGCAGUUAUGCGCUGCUUAUUGGCCUACUUCCUGGAUAAGAGCGCAGAGGAGCUGCCCUACCUGAAGUGUCCACUGCACACUGUGCUGAAGCUCACGCCUGUGGCUUAUGGCUGCAAAGUGGAGUCCAUCUUCCUAAAUGUCGAAGCAGUCAACACACAUAGAGACAAGCCUGUGAAUGUUGAUGUCACGCGAGACCCAGAGGAGGCCCUGCUGACUGUACCAGAGCACAUAUGAAGAUAGAGAGAGAGAACAUGCACCGAAAGGCCAGAGGGGGGUGCCACCUCUCCCUCACUUUCUCAUUUUGCAUAUUAAUAUACUUGUACCUCAGCUGUGAUUGUAUUCCCUUGUGUAAUGACAUCAUGGCUGUAACUAUGCUUUUGCUUUUUAAUCCAGUGCUGUGGGAUUGCAGCACACAGUGCCUGGUUUGACACCACCAGUUUUUGCAGUUAGUGGACGGGGGCAUUUCAUACUGUCAGUGAAAGUGAAUGGAAGGUCUGGAAAGAAGGAAAGUUGCCAUAGGAACUGAGUGAUGCUCAAACCUGGGGCGCAGAGCAAAGACCUCCUGGGAGAGGGGCCUGGAUCUAUCUCCCGCUGUUUUGGGAGGGCCUGGAUCUUUACAAAUCUGGUGAAGGGAGGUCUUCUGCUUGAGAUUGUAACAGGCAUCGACUGUCUCUGAAAGAAAACUGAAAUAUCAAAAUGAUGUUAUUGAACACUGUACCAGAACUCCCAUUAGCUCAUGAAUGUACCUCAAAUUGCAGCCACUGAGUGGGUGAAAAUGAAGCGAGUUCACAUCCCUGAUUUCAGGCACUUGGACUAAAACCACACGGUCAGACCACAGGUCCAUGAGGAAGGCGUUAAGAUUAGAUGUUAUGUCAUGAUUCAUGUGACUGUGUGUAAGGAAAUGCUCUGGUAACCUGUAGCAAACAAACUGUGGAAGACCUGACCCAUCUCUGUUUGAGUAUUAAUUAUGGUACUCAUAAUUAAAUGUAAAAUGUAAAUUUGAAAGUUUGGAAACAAAAGCAGCUGUCUUAGCCUUAGAAAAAGGUAACUCAGUCUAAGGGAGAUCCUUACCAGUGAAUGCUGGUAGUUAGAUUUGCCUGCCUUAAUUUCAACUAGUAUGAGUAUAUUUUUUUUCAUGUUCCUUUCCCCGAAUGACUGGAGGUCCUUCUCUAAAGCAUACAGUACUAAGUCUGAUUAAUAAGAUUGCUGACAUCCAGUGAGGCCACUGAUAUUCUCCAAUUCAUGUGUUGAUUCCUGGGAUGUGUGAUUCCCAUGCUACACUCUGACCCUUCCUACAGGUAUGAAGUCAUUUACAACAGGGAGGCUCAACACAUCUUCAACCAGUCAUAUUGCAGUGUGUACUUUGUGUCACUUCUGAGUUGCAUGGUAUUCUAGUGGUAAUCCUUCAUGUGGAAGUACAUGGGAAGAUGUAACUGGCACAUGGAGAGGUGUUGAGAACAGUUACCAGUUGUUGUCUGUACAGUUGUCUUUUGACAUAUCAAAGUGGUAUGUGAAACUGACUUGGUUUUCUAGAUAAAUGAUUAUUAAGAAAGUAA